UCAUUUCCUCUCUGGUAAUAAUAUGUUUACGGCUUACGUUGAACAAAAUAGUGAUUUGUUUGCGGCGUUUUCGUGCGAGCCGUGAAAAGAAAUAAAUGGGCGUGUAGAAACGAAGCAGUUAGUUCGUUGAUCAUAGUAAAAUGGAAGUGACUGCCGAGCCAACACCCGCGGCCACGGAAACCGCUUCUAAUAAUGAGCAAGAGCACAAUGAGGAGGGUAUGGAAGAGACCGAGGAUUAUAGUUUCGACGGUGAAGAUUAUAGGCAUUUCGUGCCACGAGGACGAGGAGGAUUUAGAGGUGGGUUUGAUUUUCCGAUGAGAGGCGGACCACUGAGGUUUAGAGGACGAGGAUUUGGACCCAGAGGACCCAUGUUUCGUGGAGCGAACAACGGAUUUCCAUUCGAGGGACCACCGAGGCCGAACUGUCCACCGGGUCCGACGGGGCCAAGAUUUCGAGGACCGCCGCCGUUCGACCCUAGCUGGGGACCGAUGGGGCCACCGAAUCUGAUGGGACCUCCGAACCUGAUGGGACCUCCAGGAAUGCCACCGCCACACAUGAUGAAUGGCCCAAUUGGGACAGGUCCGGGACCGUACGGACCACCUCCUGGAAUGGGACCGCCAAAUAUGAAUAACAUUCCAGGUCAGCAGCAGCCGCCACAGCAACAGGUGCAGCAGCAAGCAAACAUUCCAGGCUUAGAUCUCAACGGAGAGGUAUGGGUAGAAACGAAAACACCAGACGGCAAAUCUUAUUAUUAUAAUAUUCGUACAAGGGAGACUACGUGGACAAAACCAGAGGGACCAAACGUUAAAGUGAUGGUACAAGACCAGUUAGAACAGCUGGUUCACGGAGCAUCUAAGCAAGCAGCCCCGUCGAACACACCUACUUCGACGGCCACCACCCCGAGUCAAAUCGCCGAGAACCGAAUCUCGCAGAACAGCGAGCAACCAUCGACGAAUAACGCGGACGCUAUUAACCAGCUUAGCACGGCUCCUCCUGGCACAGGCCCGCCUCCGACCCUCGGCGAAACGCCGGACAUGACUACGCAACCGGCCGAUGCGACGCAGCCAAAUGGUACGGCACCCGUGACCGUGGCCACUACCCCGUCCAUGAACACCUCGGCAGUGAACACGAAUAUGAUGCAACCCCCUCCUAAUAUGAUACCGAUGCAACAUAGAAUGCCGAAUCAGUUCGGUGGACCGAUCGCGACUCAGUUCGGGGCGGCACCUUUCGGUAUGCCACCGCCAGGCUUCCAGCCCUUCGGGGGCUACGGCCCGCCACAGGCAAAUUGGGGUAUGCCGCAAAUGCCACACGGGGUAAUGGCACCUCAAGCACCGGCGGAAGAUCCAGCUAUAUUGGCUCAGCUCGAUCAAGAACUGGUAGCGUCUGCCAUGGUGUGGACCGAGCAUCGCGCUCCGGAUGGCAGACUGUAUUAUUACAAUAGCAAAGCCGGGGAAUCGGUAUGGGAGAAGCCACAAGCGUUAAAAGAUCUCGACAGUGCAAAAUUAGCGCUCCGGCAAAAGGCGGAGGAGGCGACCGCGAACUCCGCAAAUGCCGCCGUGACCAGCUCCACCGUUGCUAAUAACGUGACUACCGAACCUGUGAAGCAGGAGAAACCUCAGGAAAGCAAUCACGAAACCAAAGAUAGUGUAAAAGAAGACGCUAAUAAGCCGAAAAAGGAGGAAGCGGCGCCUAAAGAGGCCGCGAAACCUCAAGACAAGUCUCGACCAAUCUCUAGCACACCAGUACCUGGAACUCCGUGGUGUGUCGUUUGGACGGGAGAUGGACGCGUAUUUUUCUACAAUCCCUCGUCGCGUAUCUCUGUUUGGGAGAGACCGGACGAUCUCAUCGGUCGUCAGGACGUCGACAAGAUGGUGUCUACGCCACCGGAUGCCGUGGUGCCUACCAAGACACCUCGACAGUCGGACACGAGCGAGAGCAGCGACGACGACCAGCCGACACCGGCGAAGAAGAUAAAACAGGAGGAUACGAAGACCGUAGUGCCGAAAGAAGAGGAGGAGAAAGAGAGCAAGAAGACCAUUGACAUCGGGAAAGAAGCUGCGAUAGAGGCGGAAGUGCGGGCGGCCAGAGAGAGGGCGAUCGUUCCCUUGGAGACGAGGAUCAAAUCGUUCAGGGACAUGCUUGCAGAGAAAGAUGUGUCAGCGUUCAGCACCUGGGAGAAGGAGCUUCAUAAAAUCGUGUUUGACCCUCGUUAUCUACUUUUGACGUCUAAAGAGAGGAAGCAGGUGUUCGAGAAGUACGUGAAGGAGAGGGCGGAGGAGGAGAGGCGGGAAAAGAGGAACAAAAUGAAGGAACGCAAAGAACAAUUCCAAAAACUGUUAGAAGAAGCCGGUCUUCAUGGAAAAUCCUCGUUUAGUGAUUUCGCUCAGAAACAUGGGCGCGAUGAACGGUUUAAGAAUGUAGAAAAGAUGCGCGAACGGGAGAGCCUAUUCAACGAAUAUCUGCUGGAAGUGCGAAAGAAGGAGAAAGAGGAAAAAACAGCGAAACGAGAACAGGUGAAAAAGGAAUUCAUAGCGAUGCUGCGUGAGCACAAAGACAUCGACAGGCAUUCGCACUGGAGCGAUUGUAAGAAAAAAUUGGAAUCUGAUUGGAGGUACAGAGUGGUAGAGUCGGCAAGCACGAGGGAAGAUUGGUUUAGGGAUUACGUUCGUAUGCUAAAGGAGGAACGGAAAAAGGAGAAGGAGAAAGAGAAAGAUCACCGACAUAGGGACAAGGAUCAUCACAAAUCCGAGAAGAAGGACAGGGACCGAAAGGACGUCGAUAAGUAUAAGGACAAGUCCUCCAAGGAUCGGAUAGAGAAGGACAGUUCGAAGGAUAAGAAACGGAAAAGCGAAGCGCCCUCCGAGGAAAAUGGCAAGGAAAAGAAGGAGGCGACCGCGGAAAAGGAAAGCGGCGAAAUAGAAGAUAACGACGACAAACCGUCCAAGAAAGAGAACGAUGAGGACGCGGAAGAGCAGUCCGACUCGGAAGAGGAUCGCGAGAAGCAGAAGCGUGAACGCGAGAGAAGAGCCGAGGCGAGUCUCCGCGAACGAGAGAGGGAAGUUCAGAGGACCCUCGCCACGCACCUUCGCGACAGAGACAAGGAAAGACAGCAUCAUCGUCACACAGAGGCGGUGCAACAUUUCAGCGCUCUUCUCGCGGACCUGGUGAGGAACGGUGACCUGGCCUGGCGAGAAGCGAAACGCCAAUUGAGGAAGGAUCACAGAUGGGAAUUGGCGGAGAGCUUGGAUCGCGAGGAGAAAGAGAGGUUGUUCAACGAGCACAUAGAACAACUGAGCCGUAAGAAGCGCGACAAGUUCCGCGAGCUCCUCGACGAAGUGGGUGCUUCCACGGAGCUCACCGCGUCGUGGAGGGAUAUUAAGAAGUUAUUGAAGGACGAUCCCAGAUAUCUGAAAUUUUCGUCCAGCGACCGAAAGUGUGAGAAGGAGUUCAAAGAGUAUAUUAAAGACAAACUCGUUGCGGCCAAAGCUGACUUCAGAGAACUGUUACAAGAAACGAAACUGAUCACCGACAAGACGUACAAGAAGGUACAAGAGAACAAUGCACAUUUGGCAGAGAUCGAGGAGAUCUUGAGAAAGGAUCGGCGAUUUCUCGUUCUGGAAGCAGCGGCUGCCGAACGAACGCGUUUACUAAUGGGAUAUUUAGAAGAAUUGGCUCGCAGGGGUCCGCCACCACCUCCCACCGCUUCGGAACCGUCGCGGCGACCGACCACAAACUAAACGAGAGCGGAAUCAAUGCGCGCGAUGUAUACAUACGGUGUCCGAGAUAACAAAUGAUUUCUAGCUGUAGUUGAAUUGCAGUACUUUACACACGAGAUGAUUAUCGCAUGUAAUUAUAGGAUUCAAUAAAAAUUAACGCCAAUUCGUCACACAGCUAACGGAAGAAAAUACGUAUGCAUGCGCGUGUGCAUGUUGUGUUUGUGUCAUAGCGUGCGUGACGCGAAACACGCCAUAACGUAAGCGUAUCUGUCGAUCUGCUGAUUCACCUUCAGUAAAAAUUAAUACGUUCAAAUCGAAGGAGGAACAAUUAAUUAUAUUCUAUCGCGUGUAGCGCGAAUUUUGUACGUACUUUAUUCGAUUUCGGUUAUGCGAACCGAUCCAAACAUUACGAAUAUUUUGUAUAAAAAUUACCCAGCGCUCGUUGCGCACUUGUAUUAGUUUAAACGAUCAUGUGCAGUGAACUUAUAUAAGUCGAUGUUCAAAUAUAACAGAUUGAAAAGAUCGAGUCUUGUACUACCCGAAGUAACGAGUCAAAAUCCAUGACAAUCAUUUUUCUGACCAAGCACAAUUCGCGAAUCGAUCUUUCAAUUGUUAUUUCCGUUCAGUGCUGUUCCAUGACGAAAUAAAUAAAAAUUCAUAUUCCA